AUGAUGCAGACAUGGGCGGUGCCGGAGGAGUUGGCCCCGCGCGCCAAAUUCGAAGGGGCGGGGCGGGGCGCGGGCGGUACUUCCGUUCGGGCCGUUAGCGGCCUCGCGCGCGCUUGUUGGCCUCAUCCCCGUCCGUUCCGCUGCCUCUGUCGGCGCCUUCCCUCCGCCACGGCGACUCCUCACAAGCGCGGGCUGCAGCAGAGCAGGAUCAAGAAGAUCGCCGUGGACGGCAGCAUCGCUGCAGGGAAAUCGACCUUUGUGAGCCUUCUCAAGCAAGCUGAUGAGGAGUGGAAGGUUGUUCUGGAGCCUUUGGCCAGAUGGUGCAAUCUUCAGCAGAACUCUGAAGGGGAUCAUGAGGGUUAUUUUUUUCUGUCAGCUCUAGCCCUCUUCUUGGAGCCCUAUGUCUACAGCGACAGAUACGUCUUUGCAAGCAGCCUGCAUGAGUCUGGGUGCCUGAAUGCAGCUGAGUGGACCAUCUACCAGCAGUGGCACAACUGGCUGAGCAAGCAGUUUGGGCAGAGCCUGGCACUGGAUGGAAUCAUUUAUCUCAGAGCCACUCCCCAGAAAUGCUUAAACAGGAUGUACCUGUGUGGAGAGGAGCAAGAAAUUCCCACUGAAUAUCUGGAGAAGCUUUACUCCAAGCAUGAAAGCUGGCUCCAGCACAGGGUGCUGCAAACAGAUUUUGAGUAUCUCCAAAGAAUACCUACUUUAACACUGGAUGUUGAUGAAGACUUCCAGGGCAACAAGGACAGGUGUGAUGAGCUGAUUGAGAAGGUCAGAGAAUUCUUGAGCACCUUGUAA